GUCCCAGCUCACUGAAGUGGGAAAGCAUGGCUGGAGAGGAAUUCUAGCCCUUGCUCUCUCCCACGGACACGGGGGUGAUUGGCAGCAGGGGUGGGGUGUCUGCCCCCCCUGUGGGGGCAGGACAGGGCCUCAGGCCUGGGUGCUGUCUAGCACCUGGAAGAUGCCUGUGUCCUGGUUCCUGCUGUCCUUGGCACUGGGCCGAAGCCCUGUGGUCGUUUCUCUGGAGAGGCUCCUGGAGACGCAGGACACUGCACGCUGCUCUCUAGGCCUCUCCUGCCACCUUUGGGAUGGUGACGUGCUGUGCCUGCCUGGAAGCAUCGAGUCCGCCCCAGGCCCUGUGCUAGUGCCUACGCGCCUGCAGACAGAGCUGGUACUGAGGUGCCCACAGGAGACGGACUGUGCCCUCUGUGUUCGUGUGGUUGUGCAUUUGGCUGUGCACGGGCACUGGGAAGAGCCUGAAGAAGCUGUGAAGGUAGACUCAGAACCCCAGGAGCCCCGGAACGGCUCUCUCCAGGCUCAGGUGGUCCUCUCCUUCCAGGCCUACCCCACCGCCCGCUGUGCCCUGCUGGAGGUUCAGGUGCCUGCUGUCCUGGUGCAGCCUGGUCAGUCUGUGGGUUCUGCAGUAUUCGACUGUUUCGAGGCUGGUCUUGGGGCUGAGGUGCGAAUCUGGUCCUACACACAGCCCAGGUACCAAAAAGAACUCAACCUAACACAGCAGCUGCCUGACUGCAGGGGUCAUGAAGUCCGGGACAGCAUCCAGAGCUGCUGGGCUCUGCCCUGGCUCAAUGUGUCUGCAGAUGGUGACAAUGUUCUCCUGGUACUGGAUGUCUCUGAGGACCAGGACUUUGGCCUCUUACUGUACUGGGAUCGGGUCCAGGGUCCUCUCAAAUCCUUGUGGUACAAAAACCUGACUGGACCGCAGACCAUUACUCUAAACCACACAGACCUGGUACCCUGCCUCUGCAUUCAGGUGUGGCCCCUGGAGCCAGACUCUGUUAGGACCAGUUUCUGCCCCUUCCGGAAAGAUCCCCGUGCACACCGGAACCUUUGGCACAUAGCCAAGUUGCAGCUGUUGUCCCCGGGGAUCUGGCAGCUAACUGCACCAUGCUCUCUGCUGGCCAAGGUGGUGCUGUGCUGGCAGGCACCAGACCAGGGUCCCUGCCAGCCACUAGUGCCACCAAUGCUCCCGGAGAAUGUCACUGUGAACAAGUCGCAGGAGUUCCCACUGGUGAGACAGCACCCCAACCUCUGUGUCCAGCAGGUGAGAGGCUGGGAGAAGGUUCAGCUCCAAGAGUGCUUGUGGGCUGACUCCUUGGGGCCCCUCAGGGAUGAUGUGCUGCUGGUGGAGAUGAAGACUGGCCUAAACAACACAUCGGUCUGUGCCUUGGAGCCCAGCGGCUGCACACCACUGCCCAGCGUCGCCUCCACGAGAGCUGCUCGCCUUGGAGAGCAGUUGCUGCAAGACUUCCGGUCACGGCAGUGUAUGCAGCUGUGGAGUGAUGAUAACCUGGGAGCGCUAUGGGCCUGCCCCAUGGACAAGUACAUGCAUAAGCGCUGGGUCCUGGUGUGGCUGACCUGCCUACUCUUGGCCGCGGCACUUUUCUUCUUCUUCCUCUUAAAAAAGGGCCGCACGAAAGGUGAGUGUUCCCCUGUCCCGGUUUCCCAGGGACAGCCCCAAAGGGCGACGCUGGGCUCCAAUGGAUGGAGGGAAGGCAGGUCCGGGCUCACCCUCACGGGUUCCACUAUCCCAACAGCGGCCCCUCGGGCACGCACGGCCUUGCUCCUCCACUCGGCAGACGGAGCGGGCUACGAGCGUCUGGUGGGCGCGCUGGCAUCCGCGUUGAGCCAGAUGCCGCUGCGCGUGGUGGUGGACCUGUGGAGCCGCCGCGAGCUGAGCGCGCACGGGGCCCUGGCCUGGUUCCACGGGCAGCGACGGCGGACCCUGCAGGAGGACGGAGUGGUGAUCCUGCUCUUCUCGCCCGCGGCGGUGGCGCAGUGCCAUCUGUGGCUCCAGCACCAGACGGUGGAGGCGGGGCCGCACGACGCCCUCUCCGCCUGGCUCAGCUGCGUGCUGCCCGAUUUCCUGCAAGGUCGGGCGGCCGGCCGCUACCUCGGGGUCUACUUCGACGGGCUGCUGCACCCCGACACCGUGCCCGCCCCUUUCCGCGCCGCGCCGCUCUUCUCCCUGCCCUCGCAGCUGCCGGGCUUCCUGGACGCGCUGCAGAGAGGCUGCAGCCCGUGCCCGGGGCGGCCCGGGGACGGGGCGGAGCGAGUGGCCCAGGCCCUGCGGGCGGCCCUGGACAGUUGGACUUCGCUCUCGGGAGCCCCGGGCCGCGGCGAGGAACGGGACCCGGGUCCCUGCCCUGCCCUCGAAUAAAGGCCGACUCAGUAUUCCCA